CACCACGAGCUUGCCUUGACAUGUGUGCUAUUCUGGGCAGGCAGCCAAACAGAGCUUGAGGCGUACAAGGCGUGAGCAUGCAGAUGCCGCAAGCAAAGAAGAAAAGCACAGCGCCCCUGACCCCAGCGGCCCCGGGCUGUGUCCAAGGCCGACUGCGGAGUCUGCUGUCUCCCGCGCUGUGCUGCGCCUGUGGCUUGUGCGUGCUGCUGGCGGGCCUGAACGUGACCCUGGUGGGAGCUUUCGCAGCCUCCCUGCCUGGGCACAACGCGCCACUGGUGGUGGGGCCGGCGCUGCUCGUGCUGGCGCUUGGAUUCUUCGCUGCCUGCUGCGUGUGCAGCCGCCGGAGGCCGGUGUCCCGCGCGCGUUCCUCAGCCACCGCGGGCCAGGGUGGCAGGCGCACAGGGACGGUGGCACUGGAAAUGGAGAGCAGCGAGCGCACAGCGCAAGACACGACCGCGGUGCAGCUCAGUCCUGCCGCCUCGGCCGCGUCCUCCGGCCACUCCAGCCCAGGGCCCGGUGGUCUUUUCGCCCUGGAUCCUCCCGUGCCAGCAACCUCGGCCGGCUACUUGCCGCACACCGAAGGGACCCAGCUCAACUUCCCUAGGGACCUGGUUGCCUCGUAGUGGGCCAGGAGAAGGGGGGAGGGGUAACGCCAAGGACUGAGCAUAAGUGGCCUCAUCUGUCCCAUCUCUGGAGCCUCCAAAAGGGAGAGUGUAGUGAUGGCAUUGGCUCUCAAACCCCUAAGAAGGCAGCAGACCUUUGACCUCUUAGGUGGGGGUCUCUAAGCUCUACUUCAUCCCCCCUUCUCCUCUCCACAUUGAUCUGGUACCCUGUCCCUCCCCAUGGUGUCUGAGCACUGUGGGGAAAGCCUCAUCCAAAUCUGAGAGGAUCUAGUCAGGCCCUCGGGGUGGAAAGAGGGGUGAAGGUUGAACUAGCUAUACCAGACCCUGUGCGUUGUGACAGGCAUCUAGCCCUUCUUUCUGCCCUUUAGGUUUAAUUGGGGAACAAAGGCUCUGACUCCAGGAUGCUCCCUGGGGAAAUCUGGAUGGCACACACCUCCCCAAAGGUCAGGAGAGCUGAGGCCGGGGUCCUCAGUGGUGAGGAGGCUUUCCAAUCCUGAAGGGCCCAAUGUGAUUUUCACUGCCAGCAGCUCCCGUCACCAAGGCUGUGCCACACUGUGCAUUCUAGCUGUGCCUCGCUCCUCAAUAAAGCACCUUCCGAGUCA